AUGGAUGCCUUCGAGGCAAAAUCAUCGAAAAAUUUGAAGUGCGAACUCGUCUCGAACGUGGCGAACCGCUUCACGGUGAAAGGAACGAUAUUACUCGGCGCACACGUAAACGCGGACGACGUGUAUAACAUGCUGACGGAUUACGAGAACGCGAGCAGAGUGUUCCCGAGCACGAUUAAGAAAGUGGAAUACCUCGGGUUUGAGGAGGAGGAGUUGGAGGACGGCGAAGCGAGGAGACCCGGCGCGGUGAAACGCAUAAAACAGACGUGCAAUUGGAAGUUUUUCAUAUUCGGUGGGAAUUUUAACAUCGAGUUGGGCGUGGUUGAGAACGAUGCGAAGAGGCACAUGACGUGCACGUUGGAAGGCGCGGCCUCGCAGAGGAAGUUUGGGUUCUUGAGAGAGUUUGAAGGUUCGUGGGAAGUCGAGGAGAACGGAGAGGAAGGGACGAAGGUGACGCAUGUGUUGAGUGUUAAACCGAGUUUGACACCGCCGUAUGCGAGCGAUAUAUUCGUGAAACAGGUUGAAGGGAUAUUGGAGGACGUGGAAAGAGAAGUUGGGUCGUGGGAAAAUGGGUACGCCGUGCCUAUGCACCGAAGAUAA